AUGCUUGCAGAGCAAGGUGUGUUUUCUCUCAAUCAAUGGAAGGAAUUUGGACAGAAAAAUACGGUUCCCCUUCGUACAAAAGGCAGACUCGAUGCAGCUCUUCAGCAGGCGGAGGAUGCAGAGAAAGAAAGGUGGGAAAACGAAAAACCUCCCAGACAACCAUUACCGGAGGCAUUCUACGAGUCCGUGUUUAACGCAACGUGGAGUCACGUCAUGGGGUUUCCCGAGGGCGAAGGGGAAUACAUGGAGGUGAGAGAGGGUCAACGGCCACAAGAGUUAUGGGAGUACACGCAGACUGUGUGUACUUUUCUCCCAGUGGGUGGUGAUGAGCAAUUCCGUCCACCACGCCCACGACUCAUGAUCCUUUCCUCUGAGAAGCUAUGA